AUGACGAGACCGCGCAAAUCAAGCGCCGCGAGCGAGGAGAGCACCGGCACGGCCGGCGACCAGGAGCUGGGGAGCAUGUACGAUUACCUUGCAAAGAUUAUCCUACUGGGACCGAGCGGGUCGGGCAAAUCCUGCCUCCUGCAUCGCUUCGUGAAGAACGAAUGGCGUAUCCUCUCCUCACAGACGAUCGGCGUCGAGUUUGCGAGCAAAAUCAUCAAAGUCGGGACAGGUGCGCGGCGAAAACGCAUCAAGCUUCAGUUGUGGGACACGGCGGGCACAGAGCGGUUUCGAUCGGUAUCGCGGUCUUACUACCGCGGCGCGGCCGGCGCGAUCCUCGUCUACGACAUCACCUCACAUGCGACCUUUCGGGGACUGAGUCCGUUCCUCAACGACGCGCGUGCGCUUGCGAGCCCGAAUCUUUCGCUGCUGCUGGUCGGCAACAAACUCGACCUCGCAUCGGACAACCCCGUAGAGCCGCUGAUGCCCGCGACGCCGAGCAGUGUGGGGUCAUCGUCGACAGCCAUGGGCAUGGGCAUGGGAAGCCUAGGGGCCGGAGGCACGAUUGGUCGGGGCCAGAACGCGACGGUGGCACCCGACGGGAGGGAGGUCAGCAGCGACGACGCCAGCAGGUGGGCCAGCACGGUCGGUGUUCCGGUGGUCAUGGAGACGAGCGCGUUCACGGGCGAGGCUGUCGACGAGAUCUUUGCGCGGCUCGCGAGGAUGAUUCUCACAAAGAUUGAGCUUGGCGACAUUGACCCGGACGACCCGAUGAGCGGCAUCCAGUACGGAGACGGAUACGGCGGGGGCUGGAAUGCGGCGGCCAGUGACGGAGCGAGUAUCAAGAGCUCCAUGACGGCGGCGACACUCGACGAGACGGGCAUGAGGCGACGCAAGGGUAAGGGCCGGGGACGCGGCGGGAACACCAACUGGGGCGGCUUGAGAGAGUGGGAGGAGGUCUUCACGCUGAGCAGCAGCAACAGACGGCGAGGAGGGGGCUGCUGCUGA